GCGCGUCGCCGCGGACGCUGGAGAGCAGGCGCUCGGCUCUGCCUGCCCCGCGUCCUCCGCCGCUGGCUGGCCGGAGCCCGGUCGCCCCGUCGAGCUCCCCCGAGGGCAUGCGGCAGCCGCUGGACACUCGGCUCCUGGGCUCCGCGGCGUGGGCGAGCGAGAGCGGAUGUGCAGCUCUUCUCCACGAUGAAUGAGUGUCACUACGACAAGCGGAUGGACUUCUUUUACAACAAGAGCAACGCGGACACAGCCGACGAGUGGACGGGGACGAAGCUUGUCAUCGUCUUGUGUGUCGGGACAUUUUUCUGCCUCUUUAUCUUUUUUUCUAACUCCCUGGUCAUCGCAGCAGUGAUCACAAACAGGAAGUUCCACUUUCCCUUCUACUACCUGCUGGCUAACUUAGCUGCCGCAGACUUCUUUGCUGGAAUCGCCUACGUAUUUCUGAUGUUUAACACCGGCCCCGUGUCCAAAACUUUGACUGUCAACCGCUGGUUUCUCCGACAGGGGCUCCUGGACGCAAGCCUGACUGCCUCUCUGGCCAACUUGCUGGUUAUUGCAGUGGAAAGGCACAUGUCAAUCAUGAGGAUGCGGGUCCACAGCAACUUGACCAAAAAGAGGGUGACACUGCUCAUUCUGUUGGUGUGGGCCAUUGCCAUCUUCAUGGGCGCGGUCCCCACACUGGGCUGGAAUUGCAUCUGCAACAUCUCUGCCUGCUCUUCCCUGGCCCCCAUUUACAGCAGGAGUUACCUCGUUUUCUGGACCGUGUCAAACCUCUUGGCCUUCUUCAUCAUGGUGGUGGUGUAUGUGCGCAUCUACAUGUACGUCAAGAGGAAAACCAACGUGUUGUCUCCACACACGAGCGGCUCCAUCAGCCGCCGGAGGGCUCCCAUGAAGCUAAUGAAGACGGUGAUGACUGUCUUAGGUGCCUUCGUGGUGUGCUGGACGCCAGGUCUCGUGGUGCUGCUGCUGGAUGGCCUGAACUGCAAGCAGUGCGGCGUGCAGCAUGUGAAGCGCUGGUUCCUGCUGCUGGCGCUGCUCAACUCCGUCAUGAACCCCAUCAUCUACUCUUACAAGGACGAGGACAUGUACAGCACCAUGAGGAAGAUGAUCUGCUGCACCUCGCAGGACAGCAGCACUGAGCGGCGCCCCUCCCGUAUCCCCUCCACCAUCCACAGCAGGAGUGACACCGGCAGCCAGUACCUGGAGGACAGCAUCAGCCAGGGCCCCGUGUGCACUAAAAAUGGCUCCUAAACCAAGGAUGUUUCUCCUCUCUCCCCCUGGGGAAAGAGCUUUUAAGAAUCCUUGCCUGUCUAAAAAAGCCCAUGCAUGGACAGUGUUGUUUGAGGUCUCCAUGAGUCACUGCUGGGGUUUUUAAGUUUUCAUUGUCAAGGAAGAUAAGACACUGCGUUGAGUGAAAGUGCACAGAAAAGGAAGGCAGAAACAAGGAGUUCCUGCUUGCUGUCUGCGGACAGCUCGAGACAUCCUCCAGCUCUGGGCUCUGCGAUCAUCUCGCCGCCAUUAUCUCUGUGUUUUCAAAGAUAGCGUUGAAGGGUCUAGGUCAAAAGAAACAAUAAGUCAUGGUACUUGAGCCUGCUUGUGUGGCUGCUAGACUCUAGGUAGUUGUCUCUGCAUGCGUUCAAAAUGUUUAAAAAUGCUUUAGCAGUGGGCUUUGUUUUCACCAAAGACACUUGGGCCAAGAGCUAGAUGUACUGUAGGAAUCUGGGGAAAACCGGUACAGGUUCUGGAGUAAACUUGAUUUAUAACCAGAUGAACUUUCUGAGGAAAAACGUUUAUUGAAAAGAACACUGAAAAUGUAGAAAUACGGAAUAUGAGCAUGAGUAGAGCCUCAGUCUUGGCUAUCUCGAUACCACUGGUAGGCUUGCUGGAUUCAGUGUGCAAAGGAAUUGCAUAUCUAGUGUUUGACCCAGAGCUGCCAGCAUACUUUAUCUUUCUUAUGGACUGAAUUUUGAUCUUGUAUUUUUCUCCUCCAAAGACCAAUGAAAGACAGAUCAGUUAAAGACAAAAACAGUGUUGUAUGCACAUAGGCUACUGACCAACAUUUUCUAUGUAAGACAGAGUAUAUUCUGACUUAAAGUAAGAGUAUCUUCAAGGCAGGUACUAUAGUAUUUAUGUAGUUUGUAAAAGUUUACAUGUUUUCUUUCCUUUUCUUCCUUUUUUUGCUGUUGUGAUAUAACAUUUAUGUGCACAAACUACUUGUAAUAAAAGAAUUUAAGAAGUUAUUCUUUGAGAUAUAACGGCCUAAAAUAUAGAGCAUUAUAAUUUGAAGGCUUAGAUUUUUUCAUGCUUGCUGCAGUAGGUGGAUGUACCCAAAGCUUAUGUUAAAGCUACCUAUAAAAUAAAAUUUUAAAAGGA